AUUACACAAGAAAGGAACCUGUGCGGUUCUCACAUAAUAAAUACAGACGAUCAUUUCCUACUCCCCCGUCAUCGGCACUUGAAUUGAGAUUGAACGCAAACGCAUCGCAUCGAAUCCACUGAACGGAAGAGAUCCACUCGUGAACAAUGGACGGGCAUGAUUCAGAAGAUCCAAAGCAGAGUACGGCUGACAUGACUGUUUUUGUGCAAAAUCUUCUUCAGCAGAUGCAAUCCAGGUUUCAGACAAUGUCUGAUUCCAUUGUUACAAAGAUCGAUGAAAUGGGAGGCCGCAUAAACGAGCUGGAGCAGAGCAUCAACGAUCUGAGAGCUGAGAUGGGAGUAGAGGGUUCUCCAUCACCAUUGGCCCCAUCCAAGCCAAAGCAGGGUGACGGGAGUCAAGAUGAAAGCUCUGCAUAGAAUUAGUAAAAGUUUGUAAUUUUGCUAUGGAGAUAGAUUGAACGGCGAGUUAUGAGUGCCCCAGCUGUUUUCAUAUUUGAUGUUUCCUGGUUUUUCCUUUGCACUGACAACUGAGAGUAACUAUUUCCAAUGUAUUGCCAUUAAUUACUGUCACGUGAAACAGCUAUGCCAUAUCAUCCAUUUACCACCAUUUAUGUUGAUACAGAAUUGCUUUUUCUGUUAACUUUUUUGUACAUCUUUGUUCAUGGAAAUGAUACUUAGGGUGUGACUUUAAUCA